AUGGGAGCCUGGAAUCUCUCGCCCUUUCGUGGCGACCGUGAGCCGACAAGGCCGAAAUUCGUGGAAAUUAGAUCGUCCCGGUGGUUUAUUCUGUUCGCAGUUUCUUUUGCGACGGCUACAAUCGUCCCCGUCACUCCGACUGCCUUAGAGGAUAGAGUUGGACUACCGUCAGGUAGUAUUCAAUCAUGGACAUCCAUUCUGCUAGCAUUAUACUCUGCAUCUCUUUUGGCCUGUUCUCCGAUUGUCGGAUACAUAGCCGACCGAGCCGAAUCCAGACGAUGGCCACUGCUUCUAGGCCUUAUUGCACUGGGUGCUGCAACUGCUCUGCUAUGUGUUGGAACCAAUAUCGGCCUUUGGAUCGCUGGUCGACUUUUCCAAGGCGCGGCGGCCGCUGUGGUCUGGACCGUCGGUGUGGCAUUGAUGGUUGACACCGUUGGUAAAGAAGGGCUCGGUCAGGCCAUUGGAUAUGUAUCCAUGUCCCUUAGCAUAGGAACAUUAGCAGGCCCUCUUUUGGGUGGUGUUCUCUAUCAAGAUGGCGGCUACUAUUCUGUCUUCGGCCUGGCUUUUGGAUUGAUUGCCAUCGAUAUCAUUCUCCGCCUAACAUUGAUUGAGAAGCGACAUGCUCUCAAGUGGCUUGAACCAGAGAAAACACCCGCGGCAAACUCGACAGAGACCGACAAAGAAAAUUCUUCGCCAGCUCCCGAUUCAAUAAAUUCCCCCCGCCGUCUCCGUCAACUCGAAGCCACAGCCUCAGAAAGAAUAUCCCCAAGUCCUUUAAAGCAGGUCACGACGCUGCUUAAAUCUUAUCGUCUUGUCGUGGCGUUCUGGGGUUACUUUGUCAUGUCCCUCAUCAUGACCUCAUUUGAUAGCGUCCUACCUCUUUUUGUAAAAGAGACAUUUGGAUGGCAACCGACAGGACAAGGGCUGGCCUUCAUCCCACUCAUGGUACCACACGUCCUGGACCCGAUCACCGGGUACUUCAUCGAUCGAUAUCCCAAAUCAUCCCGUUAUAUCGUCACUAGUGGCUUUCUUGCCGCAGUCCCUAUAUCUGUUCUAUUACGGCUUGUCACGGAAAACACGAUGCAUGACAAGGUUUUACUCUGUGCUCUGCUCACUUUGCUUGGUGCUUGCCUUGCGGUCGUGAUGACUCCCCUAGUCGCAGAAGUAUUCCACGCCGUCAAGGAGAAAGAAGAUGAGUCUCCCAAUAUCUUCGGACGUGGUGGUGCAAUGGCUCUGGCCUUCGGUUUGUCCAACAUGGGCUUUGCAGCGGGCGCUCUCAUCGGCCCGUUCUUCGCUGGUUUCAUCCGUCAGAAUGCUGGCUGGGGAACGAUGGGGUGGGCUAUGGGAUUGAUAUCAGGGGUGACUGCCUUGCCUUGCCUGCUCUUCAUCGGUGGUUGGAUCCUGAACAAGCCCGUGUCUGCGAAUACUGAAGGUCGGUCAGAUCUUGAAUAA